GGUUCCUCCCCUCUCAGCUGCUCUGGUUCUUAUAAAAACCUCACAGCCUUCCACCAACAGCGUGUAGGAGCCUCUCUCCCGACUGCUGCUACUCGGGACCCUGAGACUGACCCGCAGGACAGCCGAGAGACCAUGAAGACCCUGCUCCUCCUCACCACCCUGGCUGCCUUAGCGGUGGCGGCUUUGUGUUAUGAAUCUCAUGAAAGCAUGGAAUCCUAUGAAAUUAAUCCCUUCCUUAACAGGAGAAAUGCUCAUGCCUUUAUAUCCCCGCAGCAGAGAUGGAGAGCUAAAGCCCAAGAGAGGGUCCGAGAACGCACCAAGCCUGUCUAUGAGAUCAAUCGGGAAGCCUGCGAUGACUACAAACUUUGCGAACGCUACGCCAUGGUUUAUGGAUACAACGCUGCCUACAAUCGCUACUUCAGGAAGCGCCGAGGGGCCGAAUAAGACUGGAAAAAAAUCUCUUUCUUUCUGGAGGCUGGUGCCUGGUUUUGUAGCCCCCCCGCAGUAGCAUUACUGAAACAUAUAGACUCAUAUACAAUGCUUGUUUCCUGUAUAUUCCCUUGCCUGGCUGCACCCCUCUUUUCUGCCCCAGAUUGAUAAGUAAUGAAAGUGCAGUGCAGUGAAGGUCAAAGGGGAGGUCAGAUGUGCGAUUAUUACAUAAUAAAUUUCUGGUUGGAUACUUUCA